AUGAAGUCUAAGCAGGUCCUUAAAAAACCACUGGGUUACAGAGACUCAAACAUGGCCACUCCUUCUCCUCCUCCACCUCCCAGGCCACAAAAACCACCCACAAGAAAACCUGCUGGAAUGUCUUUUUCUUCUUUCCGACCAAAGCCAAAACGCAAAUCCUCAUCUCGCACCUGCUGUUGUUGCCUUUGCAUCACCCUUGUCCUCCUAGUCGCAACCACCGUUUUCUACCUCUGGUUCGACUCAAAGCUCCCAACUUUCAGCCUUGCCUCUUUCCGGUUCAAACUCUCCGACGAUCUCGACGGCGAGUCUCUCUCUGCCAUGGCCAUGGCCAUGGCCCGCGUGGAGAUGAGGAACCCAAACACCAAACUCAUUUUCUACUACUGA